ACCGAGCGAACGCCAAAAUGUUUUUCGAAAGUUUCCUUUUAAAUCUCACGGUCAUCAUCGUUCUCGUUGUCGCACUUAUAUUCGACUAUGUUACCAAAUUCUUCAGCUAUUGGUACAUCAGACAUAUCCCUUACAAAACCUGCGUACCCUUCUUCGGAUCGGACUAUCACAGAGUCUUAGGCAUCAGAAGCAAUACUGACGAGGUAAACAAAUUCUACAACGAUUACCCCAAGGAAAAGUUCGCCGGAGCAGUCAAGAGUCGAAUUCCAGACCUCAUUGUUCGAGACCCGGAAGCAGUUAAAAGGAUGUUGUCAACAGAUUUUGCAAAUUUCCACAGCAGAGGCCUCGGCCUGGACAAAUCUCAGGAUGUUUGUUUACGAAACAAUUUGUUUUACGCCGACGGAGAAAAGUGGACCUUGCUGAGGCAAGGCGUAGAGUCGCUUGUCAAAGACAUGGAAUGGGGCAAGAGAGAUUUAAAUGAAUGUUUGUCCGGAACAAAUGGAGACGUUAUCGUUCAACAUUUGCUGUCAAAGGUAUUGGAUUUCAUAUUCAGGGAUUUGUUAGUGGACGAUACCGAUGCUGCUGUUAUAACGAGCCUUACAUCGGCCGCGCAGAACCGCUCUCUGGCAGGCAAAUUUAAGACUUACUUGAAAAAUGUAUUUCCGUCGCUAUACGAACUGUUUGGAUUGAAAACGUUAGUGGGUGAGCCGUCAAAAGAAACUGUAAGAGCGUUGCAACAUUCUAAACUGCUUGAGAAAAUAAAAAGUGGAUCGGUUUUUCAAAUGGGAAUAAAAGAAAAAGACAGAAGGAACACAAACGAGACUGACUUUGCGUUUUCCACUCUGGCUAUGUUCGUAAACGAAGGCUAUAUACCGUGUCUCUAUUUACUCACAUCGAUGUUUUAUGACUUAGCAAAACAUCCUGAAGUACAAAAGAAAGUAAGACAAUCAGUUUCCAAUAAUGAUGAUAAGUAUUUGGAUGCUGUUAUUAAAGAAUCGUUGAGACUUCACCCUUCGUACUCAGUGAUUAGUAGGCAAUGUGUGAAAAUGUACCAAUAUCCAGAAAAUAAAUUGGUAAUUGAUAAAAAAAUCACUCUGAGUAUACCAGUGGAAGCGAUACACAGAGAUGAGACAUAUUAUGAGAAGCCUACGGUUUUUAACCCUGAAAGAUUUUUAAUGAAUUACGAUGCUAAUAAUUAUUUUCCUUUUGGCGUCGGACCGAGAAAAUGUGUUGGUGAAAAUUUAGCAUAUCAGAUCAUCGCAGACGUAGCCAGGAAUGUACUAACCCACUACGAAAUACAGCCAUGCGAUAGAACGCCCAAAUCUCUCCCGGUGUCUGAUUUCAACUUCGGGAGAAUCGUGGACCAAGACAUUUGGCUUCGGUUCAAGCCAGUUACUUCUUAAGAUAAAGGUGUUGAAUGUAUCUAGAGGUAACGUUUUAACUUAUAUUCAGAUGAGUUUCAUGGAAGCUUAUAAGUUUGAGUUUGGUGUUAAAUUGAAAUUAAAAAUUUUUGGUUAAUGUAUUUUGAUACUGGUAAUACACAGAUAGAAAAAAUACAAUAUUCCUUAAUUCAAAUCGCAUGAUGUGGCCUCAGACUGAGGACUAAUAGUAAUGGAAAAUAAAUAAUUAAUUAAAACCUUAAUAAGAGUAAGUAUAUUUAAAAAUGUAAGAAGGUAAGAAUUUAAAAAGUUGUGGUAGGUACUUAAAAACAGGGUUAUUUUUAGAAACAAGUUUAUCUUAAGUUUCAUGUGCAUUUAAUAUGUUUUUUAAAGAAUAAAUAUAAAAAUAUUUAAGUGUAUGUAAGAAUUUUCUAUUUAUUUAUUUAUUUUUAGCUAU